AGGCUGCGUCAAACGGCCGAGUAACGGACGAAUGGCCUCCAGAGACCCAUUUUCAUUGUUACAAUGUGAAUUGGUCUUCCUUUAACACCUCAGGAGCAAUUGGACCGCACCGACUCCAUUCAGUGCACAGGGCAGAACGACGCAGGCGCGUGGCCGGAACAAUAAAGUUUGGUUUUGUUGGCUUGUUGUUCUGUUUGUGUGUGAGCGCGAGAGCUGAGCGAUGGCGGCGGCGGUUGGAGCGUCUCGCAAGAAAGACGGAGGCCCGAACAUCAGGUUCCUGGAGUCGUCAGAAACCGUGGCGCAGUUCGACGGCCUGAGGUUGUGGCUGGGCAAAAACUACAAGAAAUUUGUACAUGCAGAUUCACCUUCAAACAAAACACUGGCUGGACUUGUGGUGCAGUUGCUUCAGUUUCAAGAAGAUGCUUUUGGCAAGCACGUUAACAAUCCUGCAUUAACUAAACUUCCAGCAAAAUGUUUCCUUGAUUUCAAAGCUGGGGGACCCUUGGGUCAUAUCCUUGGUGCUGCUUACAAGUUCAAGAGUGAACAGGGAUGGAGAAGGUUCGACUUGCAAAAUCCUUCCAGAAUGGAUCGUAAUGUAGAAAUGUUUAUGACUAUAGAAAAGACACUGGUGCAGAAUAACUGUUUAACAAGACCUACAAUCUACCUCACGUCUGAACUUGACCCAAAGCUGGCAAAUAAAUGUAAAGAUAUUGUUAAAAGGCAUCAGGGAACAAUUACAGAAGACAAAUCAAAAGGCUCCCAUGUAAUUUAUCCUAUUCCGAACUCUCUAGAUGAAGAGGAGUGGUUGAGACCUGUUAUGAAGCGAGAAAAGCAAGUUCUGGUACAUUGGGGAAUGUUCCCAGAUAGCUAUGAUACCUGGAUGCCUGUCAAUGAGAUUGAAGCUGAAAUUGAAGAACCACCAAUCCCUGAGAGGCCAUGGAAGGUGCACGCUAAGUGGAUCCUGGACACUGAUGUGUUCAAUGAGUGGAUGAAUGAAGAGGAUUAUGAAGUUGAUGACAACAGAAAGCCUGUUAGCUACCGACAGCAUAUUCCUAUCAGGGCAGUAGCUGAAGAGGCCUCCCGUACACCAGACAGGAAGGACAGAAAGUCGACAGCUGGUGCCAAGAAGAGAAAGCAUUCCCGUUCCCCUUCACCAAUAUCCACACCCGCUGAGUCAAGGAAGAAAAGUGGAAAGAAAGGUCAGCCAACACCAUACUUAAAGAGGAGGGGGCAGAGGGAUGAAGAGGAGCAGGAAGACCUGACCAAAGACAUGGAGGAUCCCACUCCUGUACCAAAUGUAGAAGAAGUUAUUUUACCCAAAAAUGUGAACCCUAAGAAGGACAGUGAGCACACACCUGUGAAGGGAGGCACAAUAGCAGAUCUAGAUGAGCAAGAGGAUGAGCCACUGUCUGCAGGAGGGAAGGAAGAAGAGGAUGGUUCCAAUGCUAAAAGUGACCACAUACGUCCUGCGGACCAAGCAGAAGAUAAUGUCACUGAGCAGACACAUCACAUCAUCAUCCCCAGCUACUCUGCGUGGUUUGACUAUAACAGUAUACAUGAGAUUGAGCGUCGUGCCUUGCCAGAAUUCUUCAAUGGGAAAAAUAAGUCGAAAAGUCCAGAAAUUUAUCUGGCAUACCGAAACUUCAUGAUCGACACCUAUCGAUUAAAUCCUCAGGAGUAUCUUACCAGUACAUCGUGUCGCAGAAAUUUAACUGGUGAUGUUUGUGCUGUAAUGAGAGUUCAUGCGUUCCUGGAACAAUGGGGCCUUGUGAAUUACCAAGUGGAUGCUGACAGUCGACCUCUACCCAUGGGUCCUCCCCCCACCCCUCACUUCAAUGUUCUUGCUGAUACACCUUCUGGCUUGGUCCCAGUUCAUCUCAGGACUCCUCAAAUUCCUGCCUCACAGCAGAUGUUGAACUUUCCAGAAAAGCCAAAGGACAAACCGGUUGACCUACAAAACUUUGGCCUGCGUACUGACAUGUAUACCAAGAAGGGCACCUUAGCAAAACAAAGUAAGGCCAGUGCAUCAAGGGAUUGGACAGACCAGGAAACUCUGCUGCUGUUGGAGGCUCUGGAAAUGUACAAAGAUGACUGGAAUAAAGUAUCUGAGCAUGUUGGCAGCCGUACACAGGAUGAGUGUAUAUUGAACUUUCUGCGACUGCCUAUUGAAGACCCUUACUUGGAAGACACCGACUCCUCCCUUGGCCCUCUAGCCUUCCAACCUGUUCCUUUCAGCCAGUCUGGGAAUCCUGUCAUGAGCACUGUGGCAUUCCUAGCCUCAGUUGUGGACCCUCGAGUGGCUGCAGCAGCUGCCAAGGCUGCUUUAGCUUUUUAGUCAUCUACUGCUGGU